UGGACAACGAACCGCCCCGGCCUCUCCUCUCUCCUCCCCCUCCCACCCUGCCCGGGUCCACGGGUCGGCCCUUCCCCACCUUUCACCCUCCCCUCGGCUCGUGAUCAGGCCUGUUCUCCCCGCCAGCUGGUUUGGUGGGGGCGAGGCCGAGAGCCGAGCUCGGGAGUCACCAUGGCGGCUGCCCUGGGUUCGGGCGGAGGAGCGGGAACUGGAGCUGGAGAUGAUGACUUUGAUCAGUUUGAUAAGCCUGGUGCAGAACGAUCUUGGAGAAGAAGAACUGGGGAUGAUGACUGGGACAGUGAACUUGAAGAUGAUUUGCUUGGAGAAGAUUUGCUGUCUGGCAAAAAAAAUCAGUCAGACUUGUCAGAUGAAGAACUAAAUGAUGAUCUUUUGCAAAGUGAUAAUGAAGAUGAACUAAAUUUCAGUUCUCAGGGUGUCACAAUUAGUCUUAAUCCUAAAUCUGGCAUGGUUACAUCAUUUGAACUCUCCGACAAUACUAAUGAUCAAUCUGUAGAACAUGAAUCGGAAUAUGAACAAGGAGAGGAUGAAAUGAUUUAUCACAAAUCUGAUGGAUCUGAAUUAUACCCUCAAGACUAUACUGAAGAGGAACAAUAUGAAGGCCAUGAUGCUGAGUUGACAGAAGACCAAAUAGAAUAUGUGGAAGAACAGGGGGAGGAAGAAAUUGACAAUGAUGAAGUGCUAGACAUUGAAAUCAAUGAACCUCUAGAUGAAUUUCCAGAUGAAGAAUACAUGCAGUCUUAUGGUGGGCCGCAAGGAAUGCAAGAGCAAGACUAUGUGGCUGAAGAUGAAUUAGAGGAGAUGGCUGAUUCCCAAGCCGCUCCUGAAUCUGAAGAGGGAGCUAUUGAAACUCUGGAACUCCAAAAGGAAAUUAAAGAGGAAUCUGAUGAAGAGGAGGAAGAUGAUGAAGAAUCUGGACGACAGCGUUUCAAAACUGAACGAAAAGAAGGAACAGUUAUUAGACUCUCAGAUGUACCGAGAGAGAGAAGAAACAUUCCAGAAACUUUGGAACUUUCAGCUGAAGCCAAAGCAGCAUUGCUUGAAUUUGAAGAAAGGGAACGGCAACAUAAACAAGGACGCUAUGGUUCCAGGAGAGGAGGAAGGAGAGGAGGCUCUCUAAUGUGUCGUGGAAUGGGAGAGCAGAGAAGAGAUAAUAGUGAAAGGGGAAGAAUAAAAGAUCACAGGCCUGGCCUUCUACCUACACAGCCUCCUGUAGUGACUCACUCACCGAGGUUAAUUCCACCACCUCAGCCACAACCACAACCACAACCACAACCUCCACCACCACCACCUCCGCCACCGCCUCCUCAACAGCAACCUAUUAGAAGUCUAUUCCAGCAGCAACAGCUACAGCCUCUGCUUCCCUUACAGCAUCCACACCAUCCUUCUCCUCCUCAAGGAAUGCAUAUGCCACCCCAAAUGGAAACACCCAGAAUAAUGAUGACCCCACCACCAGUGACCCCUCAACAACCGAAGAACAUACAUAUAAAUCCACAUUUCAAAGGAACAGUAGUGACCCCUGUGCAAGUGCCCUUGUUACCAGUACCCAGCCAGCCCAGACCUGCUGUAGGACCCCAGAGAUUCCCAGUUCCUCCAGAAUUUCCACAGCAUACUCCUGGGCCUGUUCCUACCAAUUUCAACCAGCCCCCACGGCUUCCUCUCCAGGACCAGUGGAGAGCCCCACCACCUCCUCAGGAUAGAGACCAUUUCUUCUUAGGAGUUUCAGGUGAACCAAGGUUCCCGAGUCAUCCUUUGUUUGAACAACGAAGUCCCCCUCCACCACCACCACCACCAACGAUUCUUAAUAGCAGUCAUCCUGUUCCUACCCAGAAUCCCUUGCCUUUUACUCAGCCUGGACCAGCAUUUAAUCAGCAAGGACAACAACCAGUAUUUCCCAGAGAAAGGCCUGUAAGACCAAACAUACAGCCUCCAGGUCCAGUGGGAAUCCUUCAUUUCAACCAACCAGGCUCCACAAAUACACGGCCUUUCAUUCCUCCUAGACAACCAUUCUUACCAGGCCCAGGACAGCCAUUUCUUCCAACACACACGCAGCCUAACAUGCAGGGACCCUUGCACCCUCCAUUACCACCACCACAUCAACCUCAGCCUCAGCCUCAGCAGCAGCAGCAGCCCCAACAUCAACAACAACAACCCCAGCAUCAACCACAACAUCAUCAGCAUCAGCCCCAACACCAGCCCCCACUUCAGCCCCAACAUCAACCUCCUCACCAACCUCCACAUCAGCCUCCACCCCAGCAUCAGCCUCCACACCAGCCCCAACAUCAACCCCAGCACCAACCUCAGCACCAACCACCACACCAGCCUCAGCACCAACCUCAGCAGCAUCAGCCUCAGCAUCAGCAUCACCAUCACCUUUCUGUCCCACCACCACCUCUGAUGCCCAUGUCUCAGCCACCAUUUAGGCCUCACAUGCAGACUUCUCAGCCCCAGCAAAAUAACAGUAGAAUGCAGUGCCCUCAACGACAGGGUCCAAGACACAGUGCAGCUUCACAGAAUGUUGUCAAGCGGCCAAUUCAGCAAAUGCAGCCAACUGCUCCAAGAAAUAGCAAUUUGCGUGAAUUACCAAUAGCACCAUCGCAUGUUAUAGAAAUGAGUAACAACCGUUGCUCCUCCACACCUGCAGCACAAGUGAAACCAAUCACAAGCACCCAAUCCUCUGCAAGAUCUGUUGUAGGUGUCAGGACCUCGCAGGGAAAGACUGAAAUGAAAGUUAAACCAGUUAGCCCUGUGGUUCAAGCCAAAGUAGAAGUAAAAUCUGAACCAGAGUUUCCUGAUGAAGAUGAAGAAACCAGGUUGUAUCGCUUAAAGAUAGAAGAACAGAAACGUUUAAGAGAAGAAAUCUUGAAACAAAAGGAGCUACGAAGGCAGCAGCAGGCUGGUGCUAGAAAGAGGGAAUUACUUGAAAGACUUGCACAACAGCAACAGCAGCCUUAUACCCCACAGCCCCCAGUACAGCAGGAGGAACAAACGUCACUCUCACCCACUAAUGGGAAUCCACUGCUACCUUAUCCUGGUGCACAAGUUAGACAAAAUGUAAAAAAUAGACUUCUUGUAAAAAAGCAAGACAUCACUAUUACAAAUGUUCAACCUAAAACUUCAAAUUUUGUACAAGCUGGUGCUAAUUUGCAAUACCAAGGACAACCAAUGAAACCAAUGAAACAGUUGAGACAGAAUAGAACAGUACCUCAAACUCAGCCCCAGCCAUCUCACAAAGUACUUCAAACAAAGCCUCCUGACAUGGAUGAAUUGCCAACCCCGACACAGACUACUAGAGUGGCAUCAAUACAAGGCCAGCCCCAGGAAAUGAAACCUGGAGUGAAAAGGACUGUCAUGCAACGGGCGAACAGUGGUAGUGGAGAUGGGCCACAUGUCAGCUCCAAAGUCAGGGUGAUUAAGUUGUCAGGAGGGCAGGGGGGAGAGAAUGUUGGCUUUUUUCACCCAGAGGGUCAGCCCCAAAGACUUCCUCAGUCUCCAGAACUAAGACAGCAUCCUGUCCGGAAAGUCACACUGACAAAGGGAACAACACUUCAUCAACAACAGCAGUCUCCAGUUGCAGCUCACGUACACUCAACUGUUCCUCCAGGAGUUAAAAAUGUCCAAGGAAGUCACCCAGCAAAGAAGGUCAUUAUGCAUGGGAGAGGCAGAGGAGUAGCAGGCCAGAUGGGCCGGGGACGCUUGAUGCCAAAUAAACAGAACCUGCGCGUGGUGGAGUGCAAACCUCAGCCCUGUAUUGUGUCAGUUGAAGGGCUUUCUUCAUCAACUACUGAUGUCCAACUGAAAAACCUGCUGAUGUCAGUAGGACCAAUUCAGAGUUUACAGAUGCUUCCCCAGCAACGGAAAGCCAUCGCGAAGUUUAAGGAGCCAGCACACGCUUUAGCAUUUCAGCAGAAGUUCCACAGGCAUAUGAUAGAUUUGUCCCACAUAAAUGUGGCACUGAUUGUUGAAUGAUUUCCACUAAGAGUAACCGACCCUUAUGCUAUAGAAACUACUGUGGAAUUUUCCCAAGGAGAGGCGAUGGGAGCAGUCACAUCAGGAGCCAAGAACUUGGCAGUCUACAAUCUUGCUUAACUGUGGUCUGGAGCUGCCAAAAGCACGAUGGAUGCCAAGAAAAGCCGAACUUAGAGGACCCAGAAGCAAAUAGGAGUUUGGUGUCCACUUGCUCCCCGUCCUGUCGUAGCCACAAGGAACUAUAGUUUUGGUUUUUUCAUUUUGUUUUUUUUUGUUUGUUUUUUGUUUUUUUUUUUAAGUGCUUACGAUGCAUGUAGACUUUGUUCUUCAAAAUCAGACUGUGUGAGCACAGUGACUUGGAUUGAAGAAAGAACAUUAACAUGGCCCCCAUCCUAAAGAUAUUUUUUA